AUGCAAGUUCUUCCUAGGGAGGGUGAAAGUGCUUUGUCCGUGUCUGGUCCAAGGCCGAUGGAGUGGUCUACUGUUCCAUACACAGGACCACAAGGACCUGGGAAAAAUGGAAAGCAGCGUAAAUCUAGCUUGGAAUCGCCUAUCAUGUUGCUCACUGGUCACCAGAGUGCUAUAUAUACUAUGAAGUUCAAUCCAGCUGGAAAUGUCAUUGCUUCAGGAUCUCAUGAUAAAGAAAUUUUUCUGUGGCACGUUCAUGGGGAAUGCAAAAACUUCAUGGUUUUGAGAGGGCACAAGAAUGCAAUUCUGGAUCUGCAUUGGACUACUGAUGGGUCCCAGAUAAUAUCAGCCAGUCCCGACAAAACUGUUAGAGCGUGGGAUGUGGAGACUGGAAAACAGAUAAAGAAAAUGGCUGAACACUCCUCUUUUGUGAAUUCAUGCUGCCCUUCUCGUAGGGGGCCUCCACUUGUUGUAAGUGGAUCUGAUGAUGGAACUGCAAAACUUUGGGAUAUGCGCCAGAAGGGUGCCAUUCAAACAUUUCCAGAUAAAUACCAAAUCACAGCUGUCAGUUUCUCCGAUGCAUCAGAUAAGAUAUUCACAGGUGGUAUAGACAAUGAUAUUAAGGUAUGGGACAUCCGCAAGGGUGAAGUGACCAUGACACUUGAGGGCCAUCAAGAUAUGAUAACAGGUAUGCAGUUGAGUCCUGAUGGCUCAUAUCUGCUUACAAAUGGUAUGGACAACAAGCUUUGCAUUUGGGAUAUGCGCCCUUAUGCACCACAAAAUCGUUGUGUGAAGAUUUUUGAAGGGCACCAACACAACUUUGAAAAGAACUUGUUGAAAUGUAGCUGGGCACCAGAUGGAAGCAAGGUUACUGCUGGUAGUGCAGAUAGAAUGGUUUAUAUAUGGGACACAACUUCUCGACGCAUCUUGUAUAAGCUUCCUGGCCACACUGGAUCUGUUAAUGAGUGUGUCUUCCACCCUACUGAACCUAUCAUUGGAUCAUGUGGCAGUGACAAACAGAUUUAUCUUGGGGAAAUCUGA